AUGAUUCGCUUCUGCACUUUUUGGUUGCUCCUCUUCUUCUUGGCCUGUUGUCUGCUGCAGCAAGCUUUGCGAAAGACUCUACAAGUCAGCUUGGUGGUUCCGUCACUGGAGGAAGCAUCGGAAAGAGUAGAAAGACAACCUUUGGUGCACCCUUCCAGCACCGAACAUCGUGAUGAAGGAGCUGCCGGGUCACAAACCAAGAAAGAAGUGCCCGGCUUCCGUGCCCGCGUUUCCAUUCUUUCAUGCCGUGAGUGCCAGGGUGGAAGUCUCGGUGAUUUGUCCACGCUGACUGCCUCAGGCCCUUUGCGGCAUGUCGUCGUAUCCAUGGCGAGCCGGGAUGUCGACAUCCUGGCGUUCCUGGUGCUUGCGAGAUCGCUCCGUACCGCUGGUCGCUUCUCAGGCGACAUAGUCCUCAUGUGGUUUGGCAACCCGAAACAGGAUAUCUCCUGUAGGUAUAAGCAGGCACUGGAAGAGGAUCGUUUCAAAGUUGUGUGCGUGCGCCAGCCCUUGCACGAAGCAGAAAUUCACAGCAGCGUGACCGGACGUUCGUGGGAUUGGGUGAAGCUGCUAGCGUUCACGCUGACCGACUUCGACUUGGGAGUAUUUCUCGACGUCGACAUGAUGGCAAUUCGUCAAACAAACGAGCUCUGGAGUGGUUUGGGCUUGGGUGCGGGAAGCGCGCAGAAGCAGUUGGCCUUCGUGGAUGGACCCAAGUCGCUUUUGAAUUCUGGGAUCUUCGUAUUUCGGCCCAGCAUGGAAGACUUCACUGCGCUGACCAAUCUUGUGCGCCGGGGCAAGUAUUCAGAGCUCGAUGGCUGGAACCACGCAGGCAUCGUCUCAGGGAAGAACAACCAUUGGGAUGAGUGCCAGGGCUUGUUGUACCACUAUUUCGUUCAGCUCCACAGAGGAGGCGUUCAGCUGUCACGAGAAGUUUGGGGAGCGAGCCCAUAUGGCCUCUCAGGAAGUGCAAGCAUUGUUCAUUUCGCUGGGAGUUCCAAACCGUGUGUGCUUGCCUCCAUGAAAAAGCCAGGACACACAGGGAACGACGAAUCCUUGUCAUCCUAUGUUCAGUGGUAUGACUACUUGUCCCAAACAGUGGAUGCGGACACCAUCGCUAGCUUGUCGGCAGCAUGUGCAAGACCUUUGCGAGGGCCUCAUCCCGUGGCACCAGGCAACUUGGCCACCAAAUCUCAUUGGGAAGACCAUGCGCCACUGUCGCCAGGGUUGUCUGCCGUCGUAGUGACGCAAGCCGAGUACGAUGGGACUGUGACCUGUUCGUUCGUCAGCGAGAGCGCCGAGAAGUCUGUGUUCUGUGCGCAAGAGGUCGCCGAGCACACUCUCGUCAAGCGCUGGAUACCGCGAGAUGCAACGGUCUUAGAAAUGGGAGCCCGAUAUGGAACGACUUCUUGUGCCAUUAGCCAGGCGCUGGGAAACUCCGGAAAGCAGGUGGCUGUCGAACCCGACGAGCGAGUUUGGAACGCGAUUUCACAAAACCGGGCGACCCACAACUGUAAUUUCAUCCUUCACCGGGGCAUUGUUGGAGGGGGUGGCUACGUCCUCAGUGGCUUGCAGUAUGGCAAGAGAGCUCAUCGCGAAAAAGGCAUCUCUGGCAUACCGCACCUAACCAUGGCAGAAGCAGAGCGGGUGUAUGGCCUGCGCUUUGACACUUUGUUGAUUGACUGUGAAGGCUGCGUCAACAGUUUCCUGAAGGAGAAUCCUGACGCUUUGACGAACAUCCAGCUUAUUCUCCUCGAAGCUGAUCAGCCGAAGACGAUAGACUAUCGGAAGGUCAUCACGAACUUGGCCAAGCAUGGUUUCGAAGUGGUUGACAAGUUUCAAGAGGUAGACAGACCAAACAAGCUCUGGCACUAUGCUUUCAAACGCAGCCAGUAA